AUGAAGUUCACGCAAAUCUCCGCUGUCGCUGCGCUCUUCGUCAUCUCGGCGUCCGCCGAAUAUAUUUUUGGAGGAGGCCCGCCUCGUUCUGACGCACCCGAUAACGGGGACCCGGUAGAGUGGUGUCAAAAGAACAUCGACGUCCCGAGGCGAUGUACCUCAGGAGACGCACCAUGUGAGGACGUGUGCAAGUUUUGCUCCUUCGGCAAGGCUCCGAUCAAGCAAGGAAGGUGUGAAUUUCGAGGAUGGGGUCAUCUAUGGAGCGAAGUAACCCACGGACCCAAGUGCGUCUGCUACGACCCCUGGACGGAAUGA